UGCGGGGGCUUCUUCCUCUGCGCGCGGGAAUCUGCGGCUCGGCAAGGGCUGGUGAGGGUUCCACCGCUGCAGUGGUAGCUAGGAACCCUGCCGGCGUUUACUCCCAGGCUCGGCCAUGCCGGCGGUGCUAGGUUUUGAAGGCAGCGCCAACAAGAUUGGCGUGGGAGUGGUGCGGGAUGGCACGGUGUUGGCGAACCCGCGGCGGACUUACGUCACGCCUCCCGGCACAGGAUUUCUUCCAGGUGAUACUGCCAGGCACCACCGAGCUGUUAUCCUAGACCUGUUGCAGGAGGCACUAACAGAGGCUGGAUUAACGCCCCAGGAUAUUGACUGCAUUGCCUACACCAAAGGGCCUGGCAUGGGUGCCCCACUGGUUUCUGUGGCUGUUGUGGCCCGUACUGUGGCCCAAUUGUGGAAUAAGCCAUUGGUGGGUGUGAACCACUGUAUAGGCCACAUUGAGAUGGGCCGCCUCAUCACUGGAGCCACCAACCCAACUGUGCUUUAUGUCAGCGGAGGAAAUACACAGGUGAUUGCAUAUUCAGAACAUCGUUACCGCAUCUUUGGGGAAACCAUCGAUAUUGCUGUGGGUAAUUGUCUGGAUCGUUUUGCUCGAGUGCUGAAGAUUUCCAAUGAUCCAAGUCCGGGCUACAACAUUGAACAGAUGGCAAAGCGAGGCAAGAAGCUAGUUGAGCUGCCAUACACUGUAAAGGGGAUGGACGUCUCAUUCUCGGGGAUCCUGUCUUUCAUUGAGGAUGUAGCCCAGAGGAUGCUGGUCACAGGCGAGUGUACCCCUGAGGAUCUAUGUUUCUCCCUGCAGGAAACUGUGUUCGCAAUGCUGGUAGAGAUCACGGAGCGGGCCAUGGCACAUUGUGGCUCCCAGGAGGCCCUCGUCGUGGGAGGUGUGGGGUGUAAUAUGAGGCUGCAGGAAAUGAUGGAGACAAUGUGCCAGGAACGUGGAGCCAGGCUUUUUGCCACAGAUGAGAGAUUCUGCAUUGACAAUGGAGCCAUGAUAGCCCAGGCUGGCUGGGAGAUGUUUCGGGCUGGACACAGGACCCCCCUCAGUGAUUCUGGGGUCACACAGAGGUAUCGGACAGAUGAAGUAGAAGUGACCUGGAGGGACUGACAAAGUUAACAGGAUCAGAGUAGAUAGUGCCCUAAGUGGAGCCCACAGUCUUUAUUCUAACAUGGGAGUCCUGGCAAGGCUACGGUCUCCCCUCCUGUCAUUUGAACCUCAAGAUAACUCAGCAAUAAAAUAUUUUUGGUUUUGUAA